AUGAAGUACGACAUCCUAAAAUAUGUUAUGACCAAGAAAUUGCCGUUUACACUUCUUCUAGAUGGUUCCUCAUCUUCUCGUGGAGUAAAGUGGAUAGUAUUCUUACUUCGAACUGUGUCACCGCAGCAUCGUCCUAUCACACUGCAUUUCUUCCUUGCUGAGGUUGAAAGCGAAUCUGCAGAACAUAUCGUUGAAGCUCUCUUCAGACAUUUCGACAGCAUGGAAUCUUGGCGGGAUGCCCCAGGUUUACCACACUCAGUGCGACAGUACGCACUGAAGAACAUGAUAGCUUUAUCAACUGAUGGAGCAGCAGUUAUGCAAGGGCAUGUUGGUGGCGUCUACGCAUUGCUGAAGGAUCGCCUGACGGAAGAAACCGCUGGAGAUUUUCGUCCGCGUAGUAGUCUCCUUCUUUCAGUGUGCAUGGCGCAUAAGCUCAAUCUAGUUUUUGCCUCCCAAAACGGUGAACUAUUCAAGCUAGUUCAGGCAGUCAUUAUGGAAAUGCAUCAUCUCCUUGGUUCUACAGUGCGAACGACUGGACGAGCUGCUUACCAUAUGAUUGCAAAGAAAAUGCGCUAUAAGCCACUAGAGAUGUUGGCUUUAUUCACGGUACGAUGGUCUGCGAGCUUGGCAAAUGCAGUAUCCAAUGUCAUUAGAAUGUAUCCGGUUCUUAUUGAAACUAUGAGGGAGUUACAACGAGAUAGAUACGGCGCAGCAACAAUGAGAAGAGCUAGAAUUGCACAUUGGGUGCUCACGGAUGGGAGAGUGUUCCUGGCUUUAAACCAUGCAAAUACUACACUUCAAGAGCUCUCAUUAUUUUCGCUGAGGCUACAAAACGAAAAAGCUCUUUUGAUAGAUAAUAUCCGAAAAUGGAAAGAGCUGUACUAUCUUAUCGAACAAUAUGUCCUUAGUAGCAGAACAACGACACGAUUGCUUGAAAGGGGAGAACUCAAAGCAUUUGAUAGAGUGCGCGAUAGAUACCGUCGGAUUGAAAGAGAUGAACUUUAUGAUUACGACGCCAAUUCAGGGGGAGAAGAGUGGAGCAACAACAACUUAUUACUAUCCUACAAUCCCAGAGCUUUUCAAGAUUAUAAUCCUUCUGUGGUUGCUGAAGAGGACAGCGACGAGCGAGAGGAGAUGCUGACAUUCAAACGAUUCAGAUACCUUGAAGGAACUCCUGACGAAGUGUACACUGCAGCUGGAGAUCCAGAGCAAAGCUUUUCUGCUGAGGACGCCCCCGAGAUUGACAAAAGCGCAUUGUUGCGCUUUAACCUGGGAAAGGCUUACCAUGAUUUUGUGUCAACUUCUUUUCAAGAUGCCGCGGAGAGGUUUUACAAUGAUGUCAAAGAUCAACUGCUUGCGCGAAUGGGCGAAACAAGAGCGCAUGAGGUCCACGCGAACGACUUAAUGGCGCUGGAAAAAUCUACAAUCAUGGACGUAGUGGAUUUCGAUGGGGACUUUGACACGGGAUUCGUUGACUACGUGCCAUCAGGAGCUAAUUACUUUAACAGAGGCUGCCCGAGCUACAUUGACCCGGUCUCAAAUGCGCUCGAUCCACAAGAGCGCCAUCGUUCUAUUUACGCCUCAAUUUCCGCUCUCGAAAGAUACUGCAACAUCCAAAAUUUAAGAUCCCCUAUGAUACGAUUCUUCAACACCAUACCAAAAACGGCUAAAACAUGCUUGCAAUGGAACAGCGGUUACAAAGAUAUGCAACAAAGUGCAUCUUUCUAUCAGAUGCUUCUCGCUAAUUACGAUUCGUUACAGAUACCGGGCGAAGUUGUACAGGCAAUUAAAUGUGUGUUAGUCGUUCCUGCAAGUAAUGCAGAUCCAGAACGUAGCUUUUCGGCUGCGAAUAGACUCACAAAAGAUGAAAGAAGCAAUUUGGCAACAAGCACCCUCGAUUCAUUGAUGACAAUACAAAGGGAUGGUCCCAGCAUUUUGACUGUCAAAAUUCAACAGCUAGCCGCGCAAUGGCUGCAUCCUCGUCCAGGCCUAAAUCUACAUCCAGGACGACCUUCUACGUUUGGAAGAGAAGGCAGUCUCAUGAAAGAGAUAAAAACAGCUCUUGCAAGUGGGGAUGUCAACGGUUUGAUUGCUAAACAUACUGAACACUACAUGACUAUGCACGGGCUGAGAACUCGCCAUGACGUCAAGGAAAUCAGCACUCGACUUCAGAACGAAGAGGAGGCCAAACUAGCAAUUUUUUCUAUCGGCUCAGUUGCCGAAACAAGUCCAUCGUAA